AUGUCUAACGAAGAUAAAUCUCUAUCUCUCGCCCGCGAGCGAAAAGCAUGGAUCGGGUACGAUUUCGCGAACAGCUGUUACGCCACCGUCGCCAUCGCGACGUUCUUGCCGUUGGUGUUAAACGCGUACGCGGAGAGUGAAGCGUGGCGAGGGAAACUGAAACCGAAAAUGUGUUCAACCUUGGACGUAGAAUACAGCGAGAAAUGUUUGGAGUGUCGAGUUGGAGAGGGGAAUUUGCUCUGUUCCGGUGAGGCGUUUUGGUUUUGUGGUCGCGUUGAAUCGAUUUAUCUCUUUUAG